AAAAUUCGAGUACUCCACACGCGCUUAGAAAUAACGCUAUCAUGUCGGCCGCCUCGCUAGGUUCUUCCCCUUCCUGGUUUCCGCCAUCCUAUUUCAGCCCUUUCUAUUCAAAUUUGCAGCAUCCAUCCAUCCAACCGCCAUAUUCGUGCAUCUCUCUUUAAAUUUGUACUCACAGACAAACGCUUUUUCUCUCUCUCUAUAUAUAUCGAAAUGAGGAAAGGAGCUAAAAGAAAGGCGAGCCAGAAGGGAAAAGCUCCCGAUGAGGCGAAGGAGAAGGUCACGGAGAGCAUUUCCGCGGAGGAAAAUGGGAACGAGACGCAGCAAAGUCAGGCGGCGGAGGAGCAAAGUCAACCUGCUGCUCAGGACAAUCACAAGGAAGAGUUGACCAAGUCUGAGGGCAAGCCGAUCAAAAAACCUAUCAAGCCUCGAGCUAAACGAGCUAGGACUGCCAAGAUCGAGACUGAAACCGAAUACUUUCCUGAUAAGCGUAACUUGGAAGAUCUAUGGCAACAGGUUUUUCCUGUCGGUACUGAGUGGGAUCAGCUGGACAUGGUAUAUCAGUAUAAGUGGAAUUUCUCAAAUCUGGAGGAUGCUUUUGAAGAAGGAGGAAAGUUAUGUGGAAAAAAAGUAUUCCUUUUUGGAUGUACAGAACCACAAUUGGUUUCAUUCCAAGGUCAAUCAAAAAUCACUUGCAUACCAGUUGUGGUUGCUGUUGUUUCACCUUUUCCACCUUCAGACAAAAUUGGAAUAAACUCUGUACAGAGGGAAGCUGAAGAAAUAGUGCCCAUGAAACAGAUGAAAAUGGAUUGGAUUCCAUAUAUACCUUUGGACAAUAGGGGUUCUCAGGUUGAAAGACUCAAAUCCCAAAUAUUUAUAUUGGGUUGUACACAAAGAAGAGCUGGCUUAAAACAUUUGAAGUUGGAGCGUGUGAAGAAGUUUGAAUAUUGCUUACCAUAUUUCUACCACCCCUUCAAGGAAGAUGAGUUUGAACAGAGCACUAUUGUUCCUAUCAUUUACCCAAUAGAUCCCAAACCUGUAUGAUUUGUUUGUAUUUAGAAGUCUAAAACAGAAUUUCCUUCAGAGCUCAGAUAUUACAAGGAAUUCACAGACAAACUUAUUGAAGAAGAGGAGUUGUCCACAGAUCAAAAAGAUGCAUUCAAGGACUUUGUAAAGGAAAAGGUCCGUGAAGCCAAAAAGGCAAACCGCGAGGCAAGGGAAGCCCGGAGAAAGGCCAUAGCUGAAAUGAGUGAGGAAACAAAAGCUGCAUUUGAAAAGAUGGUAUUCUACAAGUUUUAUCCCGUCGACUCACCUGAUGCUCCCGAUGUAUCAAAUGUGAAGUCUCCAUUCAUCAACAGGUACUAUGGGAAGGCUCAUGAAGUUUUGUGAGAUUACAUGUUCAAGGUGGAGAUAGAGAAUACCAACAAACCACCCCAUGUUUGGUUCUUAGAGGUAGUCUGAUCAUUCAUCAGCACCUCCGAGCUGCUCAAGUAAACCAAACUGCAGCUCGAUUGAGCAUGUAUUCUUAUAAGUCUAGUGUCUGUGUUCAAUUUUGUAGCAUGUACUCCCUUGUUAAAAAAUCAUUAUGAAGAUCAAGACGAUUAUUUGUUUUAGUAGUCUUCAUUAUUCAGCCCAUGUUUAUUCGGGUCUGGUUCUGAUUCUGGAACCAGGCCGGUUUUGAGAGGUUCUCUAAGAUUUAGUUUUAGACAGGUAGCUUUCUUGAGGGGGGUUUGAGCAUGUUGUUCUAAUAUGAGAGACCUUGUUAACUAUUGUUAUUAUGAAAAGAUUUUGCCAACGCGGCAAUGUCCUAUCGAUUAUUCCAGUCUUGGUAAUCCGUGC